CCCACACGUCCAUCGUUUCCCCCCUUCCCCCAUCCCGGCCUCCUCGCGUUCCUCGUGCAGAACCCGAGGCCUCGGCAGCCAUGGCCACCGGCGGCGACCGCGCGGCGGAGGAGCUCGUGUCCGUCGAGAUGCCCGCGCCCGAGGGAUGGACCAAGAAGUUUACUCCCCAGAGCAGGGGAAGAUCUGAGAUUGUUUUUGUCUCACCAACUGGAGAGGAAAUUAAGAACAAGAGGCAGCUGAACAGCUAUCUGAAGGCAAACCCUGGAGGCCCCACUUCAUCGGAGUUUGACUGGUCAACUGGUGAUACCCCAAGGCGUUCUGCUCGGAUUAGCGAGAAAGUGAAGGUAUUUGAUAGCCCUGAGGGUGAAAAGAUACCAAAGCGUAGUAGGAACUCAAGUGGAAGAAAGGGGAAGCAGGAGAAAAAGGAGGAUCCUGAAACUGAAGAAGACAGAGAAGCUGAAGCUGGCAAGGAGGCCCCUAGUGAAGAUGUUGCAAAGAGCACCGAUGUGGAGAUGACGGUUGCUGAGGCGAUUGAUGCUGCUGCCAAGAGCACUGAUGUGGAGAUGAAGCCUGCCGAGGCGAAUGAUGCUGCAAAAAACGCAGAUGUGGAGAUGAAAGUUGCUGAAGAGGUGAAAGCUGCUCCUAGUGAAGAUGCAGGGAAGACUGAAGACUCCACUCCAGCACCUGCAGAACACAAGGAAGAUGUCAAACCAGCUGAGUCUGAUGCCGCUCCGGCACUAGCGGCGGAGGACAAGAAGGAAGAUGUCAAACCAGCUGAGACUGAUGCCCCUCCAGCACCAACAGUGGAGGACAAGAAGGAAGAUGUCAAGCCAGCUGAGGCCGAUGCCCCUCCGGCACCAGCGGUUGAAGACAAGGAAGACGCUAAGCCAGCUGAGGCUGAUGCCCCUCCGGCACCAGCGGUUGAAGACAAGGAAGAUGCUAAGCCAGCUGAGGCUGAUGCCCCACCGGCACCAGCGGUUGAAGACAAGGAAGACGCUAAGCCAGCUGAGGCUGAUGCCCCUCCGGCACCAGUGGUUGAAGACAAGGAAGACCCUAAGCCAGCUGAGGCUGAUGCUGCUCCGGCACCAGCGGUGGAAGACAAGAAGGAAGAUGUCAAGCCAUCUGAGGCUGAUGCCGCUCCUCUGGUGAGUUCGGAGGAGGUGAAGACAGAGGAAGCUCCUCCGGUGAGUUUGGAGGGGGCGAAGACAGAGGAAGUAGACCCUCCAGCGAGCAAGCCAACUGAGAACUCAGUUGCUGCUCCCAGCGAGCCUGCUAUUGCUCCUGCUCCUGCUGCAGUAUCUGAAACCAAAUCAGAUGCCGCCGCCGUAGACAGCCAACCUGGCGCGGCCACCAAUGAGUCGCCGUCCGCCGUCAACAAUGGGCAGCUGUCGCCUGGCGCCUCGACGGUGAAGUGCACCUGAAGCAGCUGCCCCCCUCCUCCGCGCCGCCGUCUCCUAGGAUCAUUCAACAUUCGCAUUGUAAUCAAUCAGCCUCUGGUAAGCAUGUUAAUUUAGCCAGUCUGACGGUACCGGAUGAUGAGAACCGGUAAAGUAGGCUCUGCAUUUAGUUACAUUUUGUAUGGCCGGCGUUCGUCACCGUGCCCGGCGCGACAUACAUGUACCCCACCCCACCCGACCCCACCAUAUCGUCUGUUUGUCUAACUUGUUAAUGUUAGGGACAUAUAUACCGUUGUCUGUUUGUCUGUGUCUGUGUUUAUCAUGUACCCGUGGUGUAUUGUGUUGUUAGACCUGAAAUACCCUCUGUAUGUUGCUGUUUAUCCCCAAUGAAUAAUGAUGAGGGUUUCUGUGUAUCCUCCCUGGAACAGUUCA